CGAGAGGCUCCACUCAGCUCUCAGCUAACAUCUUUCUAGCAAGAUGAAGUCCCCCAUCUUCAUCCUUUCUCUGCUCCUCAUUCUGGAGAAGCAAGCAACUGGUGUUCCAUUCUAUGGCCAAAUGAAAAGCCAGCUUCCAGGUAGUUCCUAUGAGCAUCUAAUUGCACAACAGAUUCAACAACAGUCUCAACACCAUGUACCAAUAGUCACAAAAGGAGUUUUACAUUCAGAAGGCAUUGUUACCAAAACAAAAUAUGAGAUACAGACCAAAGAUCUUGGCAUUCAACAACAGCAGCAACAACAACAAUUGGCCCAGCAAACUGUAGCUAUCACAGAUGCACUGUGCCCUGCAGAAGGAAUUGAAACCCAACAACAAUCCAAAAGCAUUUUUCCCCAGCAAAGUCAGCAGAAGACACUUGUCGUGAAAGGUGAACCAAGUCAUCAGCUGAACACACUUGUUGUGAAAGGUGAGCCAAGUCAGCAGAAGACACUUGUUGUGAAAGGCGAACCAAGUCAGCUGAACACUCUUGUCGUGAAAGGCGAACCAAGUCAGCUGAACACACUUGUUGUGAAAGGUGAACCAAGUCAGCAGAACACACUUGUUGUGAAAGGCCAGCCAAGUCAGCUGAACACACUUGUUGUGAAAGGCCAGCCAAGUCAGGGGAGCACACUUGUCGUGAAAGGCCAGCCAAGUCAGGGGAGCACACUUGUCGUGAAAGGCCAGCCAAGUCAGGGGAGCACACUUGUAGUGAAAGGUGAGCCAAGUCAGGGGAGCACACUUGUCGUAAAAGGCCAGCCAAGUCAGGGGAGCACACUUGUCGUGAAAGGCGAGCCAAGUCAGGGGAGCACACUUAUCGUGAAAGGCCAGCCAAGUCAGGGGAGCACACUUGUCGUGAAAGGCCAGCCAAGUCAGGGGAGCACAUUUGUCGUGAAAGGCCAGCCAAGUCAGCUGAAGACACUUGGCGUGAAAGGCAUGCAGCCACAGAUCCUUCAGCAAGGUGAAGUCUAUGCCCCACAGGGACAGAACCACAUUGUUCAAUUUGUAAAGACAAAGGAAAGCUUGCUCUAUCAAGGGCCAACACAACAACAACAACAACAACUGUAUCAGGUCCAAUACAAACAACAGCUACAUGGCCAAAAUCAACUAAAAGCUGCUUACCUUAGUCGCGGGCACUGCAGAUGUAUGAAGGGGAUAGUGAUGAAAUCCAUUGCUUAAUACACUCAUUGGCUAACUGAAGACCUGGAUCAAUAUUGAGGAGAGUAAUGGUGCAGGAGAGAUGAAAAGGGAGGACCAAAGAUGAUGAACCAAAGGUCCCAGUUGGAAUAUUUGCAAUGUCAGGAGAGAAAUCUGAAGUCCAAGGAGGAAAAAAAAUGGUGUUCCCUGCAUGUUUCCAUUAAGUAGUCCUUCAUCUGAGCAAAGGAAAGCAACAGAAACCAUGGACCCCAUGGACUUAGGGGUCUACCACCCCAAUAUUGCAGGAGUUGGUCCAGAUGGAGCUAAAAGGGACUGGGGCCACAGCUCAUGUCUUGACCCCUGACUCUGCACUGGCUUCACAUCACUAUGCCCUCU